UUCCCGCUGCCUGGAAGGUCGCAGCGGUGACCGGCCCAGCAGCUACUGUCGCCGCCAUGCUGUCCGUGGCCGCCCGCUCCGGGCCCUUCGCGCCCUACCUGUCAGCCGCGGCACACGCCGUGCCCGGCCCGCUGAAGCCGCUGGCGCCAGCGGUGGUGCGUCGGGCUGAGGUACCGCUGGACCUGAAGCGGCCUCUGCUGUGUCGGGAGUCGAUGAGCGGCCGGUCGGCCCGGGGGGACCUCAUCGCCAGUGCCAGCCUUAGCGCACCUACCAGUGUUCGUUUCGUCCAUAAUGAUGUCACAGUACCUGACUUCUCUGCCUACCGUCGUCAAGAUGUGCUAGAUCCCACCACAUCUUCUCAAAGCAGCAGUGAAGCCAGAAAAGGGUUUUCCUACCUGGUGACUGCAACAACAUGUGUAGCUGCUGCAUAUACUGCUAAGAAUGUUGUCACACAGUUUAUUUCCAGCCUCAGUGCCUCUGCUGAUGUGCUAGCGUUGUCAAAGAUUGAGAUCAAGUUAUCUGACAUUCCAGAAGGCAAGAACGUGGCUUUCAAGUGGAGAGGGAAGCCCCUUUUUGUGCGGCACAGAACCCAGGCAGAGAUUAAUCAGGAAGCUGAAGUUGAUGUUGCUAAACUGAGGGAUCCGCAGCAUGACUUAGACAGAGUAAAGAAACCAGAAUGGGUCAUUCUAGUAGGUGUCUGUACUCACCUUGGCUGUGUACCCAUUGCAAACUCUGGAGAUUUUGGCGGUUAUUACUGCCCUUGCCAUGGGUCCCAUUACGAUGCCUCUGGCAGGAUCAGGAAAGGUCCUGCCCCUUAUAACCUUGAGGUUCCAGCUUACCAGUUUGUUGGUGAUGAUGUUGUGGUUGUUGGCUGAAUGACAUAGUGCUUGCUCACUCAUGUUCCUGUGAAUGUACACUGAGAAGUGUUAAGUGAGAUGCACAAGUACUGUAAAAACAGAUGAUGCUAAAAACAAAUUAGCUGUCUAGAUUGUCAACCAGAAGUAUGUUCAAAUGCUUCUCUGUGUUAAAUUGUAAUAAACCCGUGGAGUGAGCGCUCGUUCCUGACUUCUGCUAACGUGUGUUUAUUUGUGUGCAGCCUUUGGUCUGAAGAGGUACUGCAGCACACACCAAGUAUCUUUAUGGAGCCCUCCUGAAAGGCUGCUGAAUCAAGAUAAACACUGAACUACAAAGCCAUUGGGGUUUUUUCAUACCACAUAGUUUAGUUACCUGAUGGAUAUUUUGGGGUUUUUUUUGGUGGUGGUUUUCACUCCAUUAUGGGAAGGAACAUUUUUUAAAAAGAUCUUGCCCUAAACUUUUUUGGAGUAAGUUUCAACCCUGUAAGAUGUUACCCUUUUCCUUCCAGUGCAUUUGUUUUCAAAGGAAGUGAAGGAAAAAGGUAAAUAAAAACCUACCUAAAUAGAAUUCUUUUUCUUAUAUUGUUCAGAGGCAGCUUAUAAUUGCUUAGCUAGAAUGAGAACAUGUAACACCAGGAGGUCUGAAGUGCAUUGAGGUUUUG